AUGGAUAAGCUCAAGGCCAUCUUCAAGCGAAGAAAGGAUAAGGGUACCGGCACCGGCACAGGUGCUGGUACCGGUGCGAGCACCGCUACUCCUCCUACAAAGACGACUACCACGUCCACUCCGACCGCAACUACAGCUGCAACUGCAACGCCUGCCGCAGUGCCCCAGCCAACGUCCACGGAUACGGCGGGGGCGCCGUCGAACAGCGAUCCCACUGUUCCUCCUGCGGGCGCGGCGCCCGUCGAGACUCCUACUGCCAGCGCCGAUAAGGCUGCCGAGCCUGCUCCGGCUGAUACCCCUGCUGCUGCUCCAGCCGCUGCUCCUGCUCCUACUUCUACGCAUGCCGCAGUCACCGAGCCUGCGAAGUAA